GAAAGGAGCCUAUAUAAAGCAGGCGAGCCGAGCGCCGCUUUGAAAAGAAGCCCGGCUAAGAGGCGAAGCGGGUUUUUUGCGCGCCCCUCCCCGGCCGAGGACUUGCCCUUGCAGGGAGCUGAGUUGGCUUCGCGCUCUCGCCACGGGACUUUGGAAACCCGCCGCCUGCUUGGAGUUGCAUUGGGAAGCGGCAGCUCUCAAGAGCAUCGCGGGGGACUUGCAUGCCAGGCAUUAUGCAGGACAGGAGCUGGCUGUUGUGGCUGACGAUCUUGCUAGCUUUUUGGAUUUCCUCAGAGGCUCAAGAUGACGGCCAAGAGGACGAGCCCACUUUUGACUUGCUGCAAAUAAGCAACAUAAACAGGAAGACAAUUGGAGCAAAAGUAUUUCGGGGCAACAAUUCCAGUCUCCCAGCAUACCGCUUCAUCCGGUUUGAUCACAUACCUCCGGUAAACUCGGAGAAAUUAAAGCAGAUUAUUAAACUGAUACAGCGAAACGAGGGCUUCCUUCUUGUAGCCACUUUCAGGCAGGACAGGCUGUCCAGGGGCACCCUCUUGGCACUGGACGGCCCUGGCACCGGUCAACGCCAGUUUGAGAUUGUUUCCAAUGGCCGAGAAAAUUCACUCGAACUUUCCUAUUGGGUAGAUGGCUUCCGGAAGAAGUAUCUUUUGGAAGACGUGGACCUAGCCGAUUCACUAUGGAAGAACAUCACCGUACAAGUAGCCGGGGAAAACUACAGUCUCUAUGUUGGUUGCGACCUCAUUGACAGUGUGAGCCUGGAGGAGCCUUUCUAUGAAAACCUGAAAGCAGAGAAAAGUAGAAUGUAUGUGACAAAAGGAUCUGCCAGAGAAACUCACUUUCGGGGUCUCCUCCAAAAUAUUCAUCUAGUUUUUGGAACAUCAAUAGAGGAUGUCUUGCGCAGCAAAGGAUGCCAGAGGAGCCAGUCAGCUGAAGUGAACACGAUUAACGAGAGCACCGAGAUCCUUCACCUUCCUUCUGUCAUGACAGAGUAUGUUGGUGAAAACACAGAGAAAAAGGCAGAAUUCUGUGAUCGCUCUUGUGAAGAGCUAGGGUCUAUGUUUACGGAACUCACUGGACUGCGUAUUGUUGUCAACAGCUUAACAGAAAAGUUAGACAAAGUGUCUGAGGUGAAUGAGAAAAUUGUGUCGGAACUGCUUGGCCCCAACAAAACACUCAAGAACCAGUCGGCUUGUUGGCAAGAUGGCCGUGAGUUUAUGAAUAAUUCGCAUUGGGUUGUGGACAGCUGCACAAAAUGUCACUGCCAGAACUCUAAAACGAUAUGCAAUAAAAUCACAUGCCCAGCUGUUCACUGUGUCAGUCCCACUUUUAUUGAUGGCGAGUGCUGCCCUAUUUGCUCUCACUCUGACGACAGUGAAGAAGGCUGGUCACCCUGGUCUGAGUGGACAGAAUGCUCUGUCACUUGUGGAUCUGGAACCCAGCAGCGAGGAAGGUCAUGCGAUGUCACCAGCAAUACUUGCCGAGGGCCCUCCAUUCAAACAAGAACCUGUUCCCUCGGGAAAUGCGACAAUCGCAUACGGCAAGAUGGCGGCUGGAGCCACUGGUCCCCUUGGUCUUCCUGUUCUGUGACCUGUGGGGUAGGCAACAUAACUCGCAUACGUCUCUGCAAUUCCCCCAUCCCACAGAUGGGUGGGAAAGGCUGCAAAGGAAGCGGAAGGGAAACGAAAGAAUGUGAAGGAGUCCCAUGUCCGAUCAAUGGUCGAUGGAGCCCUUGGUCUCCUUGGUCUGCGUGCACUGUUACCUGUGGCGGAGGGAUUCGUGAAAGAUCUCGACUCUGCAACAGCCCAGAGCCUCAGUAUGGCGGAAAGGCAUGCAUGGGAGAUGUCAUACAGCAUGAUAUGUGCAACAAACAGGAUUGUCCAAUAGAUGGAUGUUUGUCAAACCCUUGCUUUCCUGGAGCUGAAUGCAACAGCUUCCCGGAUGGUUCUUGGUCCUGUGGUGCAUGUCCUGCUGGUUACCUUGGAAACGGAACAGUCUGUGAAGACCUUGAUGAGUGUGCAGUAGUGCCAGACGUUUGCUUUAAGUUAAUUCAGAACCACCGUUGUGUAAACACCAAUCCUGGAUUCCAUUGCUUGCCAUGCCCUCCUCGCUACAAAGGAAGUCAGCCUUAUGGGGUGGGCCUAGAGGCUGCCAAGAAAGAAAAACAAGUAUGUGAACCUGCCAAUCCUUGCAAAGACAAGACACACAACUGUCACAGGUCAGCAGAGUGCAUCUACCUUGGGCAUUUCAGUGACCCCAUGUACAAGUGUGAAUGUAGGACAGGCUAUGCUGGUGAUGGAUUCAUUUGCGGCGAAGAUUCUGACCUGGAUGGAUGGCCCAAUCAUAACUUGGUCUGUGCUGCCAACUCAACUUAUCACUGCAUAAAAGAUAACUGUCCUCUUCUGCCUAAUUCUGGACAAGAAGACUUCGAUAAGGAUGGAAAGGGAGAUGCUUGUGAUGAGGAUGAUGACAACGACGGUGUUGAGGAUGAUAAAGACAACUGCCCCCUUAUUUUUAAUCCUCGUCAAUUUGAUUAUGACAAGGAUGAAGUUGGGGACCGCUGCGAUAAUUGCCCCUACGUGCACAAUCCUGCUCAGAUUGACACUGAUAAUAAUGGAGAGGGCGAUUCAUGUGCGGUGGAUAUUGAUGGCGAUGAUGUUUUCAAUGAACGCGAUAACUGCCCAUAUGUCUACAACACAGACCAGAGAGACACAGAUGGAGACGGAGUUGGUGAUCAUUGUGAUAACUGCCCGCUGGUGCACAAUCCUGACCAGACUGAUGUGGACAAUGACCUGGUUGGUGAUCAGUGUGACAACAAUCAAGACAUCGAUGAAGAUGGCCACCAGAAUAACAAAGACAAUUGCCCGUACAUUUCCAAUGCCAAUCAGGCUGACCAUGACAAAGAUGGUAAAGGGGACGCUUGUGAUUCCGAUGAUGACAACGACGGCAUCCCAGACGACCGGGACAACUGCCGACUCACAUUCAACCCUGACCAGAAGGAUUCCGAUGGUGAUGGCCGAGGUGACAUCUGCAAGGAUGACUUUGACAAUGACAAAGUCCCAGAUAUUUUUGAUGUUUGUCCUGAAAAUGAUGCCAUUAGUGAAACUGAUUUCAGAAAGUUCCAGAUGGUCCCACUGGAUCCUAAAGGAACAACUCAGAUUGACCCAAAUUGGGUUAUUCGACAUCAGGGCAAAGAACUGGUACAGACGGCAAACUCAGAUCCUGGCAUAGCUGUAGGUUAUGAUGAGUUCAGUUCUGUUGACUUCAGUGGUACCUUCUAUGUCAACACAGACCGGGAUGAUGACUAUGCUGGGUUUGUCUUUGGCUACCAGUCCAGCAGUCGCUUCUAUGUCCUGAUGUGGAAACAAAUUUCUCAGACAUAUUGGGAGGACAAGCCCACCAGAGCUUAUGGUUACUCAGGGGUAUCACUUAAAGUAGUGAACUCCACAACUGGCACUGGCGAACAUUUGAGAAAUGCCCUUUGGCAUACAGGAAACACACCUGGACAGGUGCGUACCUUGUGGCAUGACCCCAAGAAUAUCGGCUGGAAAGAUUACACUGCUUACAGGUGGCAUUUGGUCCACAGGCCCAAGACGGGAUUAAUAAAGGUUUUAGUGUACGAAGGGAAGCAGGUCAUGGCAGACUCUGGACCAAUCUAUGACAAAACCUAUGCUGGUGGGCGAUUAGGUCUUUUUGUCUUUUCACAAGAGAUGGUAUACUUCUCUGACCUCAAGUAUGAAUGCAAAGAUGUCUGAGGUAAAGCUGCUGCAAAACCAGCAAAGUACUGUAGAUGCUGUUCAACUAGACACCUCUGUUCAUCCUGGUACUCCAAAUCCCUCACUUAUUUUCCAACUCUGGCAUGUUCCUCUGACCUUGUGCCUCCCUGCAGCCAGGAGAGAUCCCUCCAAUUCUACACCCCGGUGCCUUCUAAGAGCUUGGACUGACAGGGCCUAAAUGUGACCAUCAAACCCACCACGGAAGCAAAAAUAGAUGGACGUAUAGAGUGAAAACUUGGCAGACAUAUUUGUUCACUCAUUUGUUUAGGGUUGUUGGCUGUUGUUUUUUUAAAUGACGUUUACAUAUAAAGUGUAAUUUCUUAAUGUAUUUAUAUGGAUAUAGCUAUGGAAGAAUGUGAGGGGUGGUAUUCUUACAUCAAGAGGGAGGAAGUGGCUGUAAGUAUGACCACUUCUUCAGGCCACAUUACUUGCUCAGAUCAGGGCUGGGCCUUGGUGACACAAAAUCUGGGAGAUAUAGUUCAGCAAACCUGAGAAGGACCAAACCCUAAAUAUCCUACUCAUUUAAGAAGCCAUGGAAAACUAAGGCAAUGGCCGCACAAUGUGAAUGUCAGCCAAAGCUUGUAGGUGCUCCUUUUUAUAAAAUGGGUUCAACUACUUGAUGACCCCUUUUCCAUAUGAAUUCACCCUUUGCCUCAAAGACACACUCAGCAUAUCAUUGUAUACCAUGCAGUGUACUAUGAAAAGUUUUAUGGGAGGAUGCCUGCUGCUUGGCCACUGUGUUUAGAUACAUUUUACCCAUGAGUGCUCAUUGGGAGCCAUAGCGAUGCAUCCUAAUAGUCACAGUCAGAGCAGACAUUCUGCUCUAAUAGAUGGACACGGCUAAUUCAUUGUAGUGGGUCAACUCUGAGUAAAACUUAGUUGCUUAUAACCCAGAGGGUGGGAAAGUAGAAAAUGUGGCUGUCAUAUAAAGUGUAUAAUCAGCCCCUUGAAUUUUGUCUAGGAAGGUAAGCAGUGGUGAGAACUUAAAUGUGCACUAAUUGACCUAUGAACAGCAGCGUGCCUAAGGUGUCCCAUGAAAAUAGUUCCUGGCCAGGUGAAACAUUUUUCCUGACGCUGUCGCAGCAAGCACUUUGAAACCCCAAACUUUGAUCCGGGUUUCUGAUAAGGUGGCAAUGCUACCAUUAACAAAAUCUGGUUACAUAUUAUGGUUCCAGUUAUAAGGACGCCUGUGCUAUUUAUUUAUUGCUAUGUGCAGCUACGUUCUCCAGUAAUUUAUUUGAAAGCAUGUCAUACUGUCAUAGAGCACAUUAGCCAUGGAAGAACUCGCAGAAGAGGUGACUACAUAAUGCCUUUAAUGGUCCAACCAGUGAAUAUAUAAGACACUCUAUCUCAGGACACAAUUGAGAAAUGUGCUAAGAGGAAGGCACUCUUGGCAAAUCCACACCGUGAUCAACUAACUCCUGCCUGGAAACCAAUGCCCCCCCCCCUUGUGGAAGGACGUGUGGAUCCAGAAUUGGCCUCCACAGUCACUUACGUACCCAUUGUUAAAACGGUGUUUAUGGAAGACAAUCUUACUUGGCCAAAGAGAGAUAUAAGUUAUAUAUGUAAUUAUAUGUCACAAUAAUCUUAAAUUGCUCUGAAUUGCCAAAUAAUUAAGUAGCCAUCGAGACCUUCUAAGUGGAACCUUGAUAUUUACUAUUGCCCACCAUUUUUGUAUUUUUUUUAAAACGUAUGUCUCCUGUAUAUAGGACUUGUAAAGAAAAGAAUGCUGAAGGUAUGUCAGCCUUUAUCCUAACCAGAUACAACUGUUAUUCCAUUAUACAAUAGUAUGCACAUAUUUAACACUCUUUUUUGUUAUUUUAAGUGGAAUGAACUUUGCCCAUGAGGUAAACUUGCUGGUGUGGUUUUGAUUGAAGAGAGCGCAUGCGCUCAUAAGGGCUGUGCAUGUGCAGCUGUGUAAAAUAAUCUAGAAACCUGCCAAUCAGCUGUUGGGCUGGAGUCAGGAAGGGGCAGAAUCCAUUCGCUGUCACAAACAGCUGCCAUGUGGGAAUCCACAUUAAA